AUGGUCAGCUACCCAUGUUCUGUUUGCAGAGCUACCUUUGACAGUGCACGGGGCCUUUCAAAUCACAAAUGCGGCAAGUGUGCACAGAAGGAGGCAGGGUCAAUAACAUCUAUAAUCAAAAAGCGGUGUCAGGAUCAAAAGAGGCAGCUUGCUGCCAAGGUACAAAGGCUAGAUGAUGAAGAUGCCGCAAUCAGGGCGCGGGAGGCAAUCCGCCAGCAGAGUGCAGAAGCACUGGAUGACAAUGAGAUACCUGAUUUCCGGGAGCCAACCCCACCGCCCCUAGUUCGCACAUCUGGAUUACCGAAUCGUGCUCGUCGACUGCCCAAACGUUACCAGGACAUCCUCCCUCCAUUACCCGUCCUUCCCCAACCACCACAGCAGCCAGCAGCAGGUUCGAGGCCCUGGUGGUCUGGUUUUGGCACUUCGAUGAAAACACCAACGGAGAAUUUCUUUGUACCAUUUCUGAAUGCAACUAUAUAUCGCUUAAUGUGUUGGUUUCAUGGAGGAUCAACUAUGAAAUCCCUCACUGAACUCGAUCGCCUCGUCAACGAAGUCAUCCUCGCAGAGGAUUUUGAUAAAACAGAUCUGCAAGGAUUUCGAGCUUCGAAGGAACUGGAAUGCCUGGAUAAUUAUCAGGGUGAUCCAGAGGACAUAUGUUCAUCGUUUUCAACAGCUGAUGGAUGGAUAGAGACGUCGGUCAAGAUCUGA